GCCGGAAACCCGUAUUCGGUUCUCCAUAGAAACGCGCCAGAAACGCGGCUGACCCUCGUCAGGUGUUCUCGGGAGAUGAGUCUAAGUGAGGGGACUAGAGCGAAGGAAGUUUAGGGAAGUAAGUUGGGCCCUGAAGAGGUCGCUGCAGGCUCAGGAGAGAUUCCAGUCCGCGUGUGGGUCUGUCGAAAAGGGUUGGGGGGAGAUGGGCGGCCUCUCGGCCUCUGGGUCCUGACAGGAGACAAGAAAUAAAUGAAGAAAAAGGAGGUUCCAGGACCUAGGUAGUGCCAUCUCUGGACUACUUUUGAUUGGUGACUAGAUUUUUAACUAGAAAUUUAGAGCAUAUCUGGAAGAGACACAAACAGUAUACAUCAGUUGCUGGCUGUUUCUCAAAACAGAAGAAAAUGAUCAAUGCCCAGGGAUCACUGACACUGGAGGAUGUGGCUGUGGACUUCACCUGGGAGGAGUGGCAGCUCCUGGCCCCCGCCGAGAAGAACCUGUACCGGGACGUGAUGUUGGAGAACUAUAGGAAUCUGGUGUCAGUGGGAUAUCAAGCCAGAAAACCAGAUGUACUCUCCAAGCUGGAACAGGGAGAAGAACCGUGGGCAAAACAGAAGGAAGUCCUCCAUGGAACCCGGCCAGAAACUAGCAAAGUUGAUAAUCACCUGCAGCAUCAUUGGGAAAAUCCAAGAAUGCCAAAAUUAGGUAUGGAACCAUACCACAAACACAAUGCAUUUGGAAAUACUGUUCCUCAAAGCAAAAGUCAUUUUCCUUUCAGGCAAAAUCAUAUGUUUGAGUUCUGUAUAAAAACUUUGAAAUCAAAUUUAAGUUUAGUCAAUCAAAGCAGAAGCUAUGACAUUAAAAACUCUACUAAAUUCAGUGGAGAUGAGAAAUUAUUUCUUCAUGAUAAGCAUGAAGAUUUUCAUUCUGCUGUUAAAUUCCCUGUAAGUGCAAAACCAAUUAGCAAUAAGUCCCGAGUCAUUAAGCAUCAGAGAACUCAUGAAAUAGAGAAACCUCAUGUAUGUAGUGAAUGUGGAAAAGCCUUCAUUAAGAAGUCUCAACUCACAGAUCAUCACAGAGUUCAUACUGGAGAGAAACCUUAUGGAUGCAAUAUUUGUGCGAAGGUAUUCUCCAGAAAGUCCAGGCUCAAUGAACAUCAGAGAAUUCAUAAAAGAGAGAAAUCCUUUAUAUGCAAUGAUUGUGGAAAAGUCUUCACCAUGAAGAGCCGUCUAAUUGAACACCAGCGAACUCACACUGGAGAGAAACCCUAUGUAUGCAGCGAAUGUGGAAAAGGUUUCCCAGGGAAGCGUAAUCUCAUUGUACAUCAGCGAAAUCAUACUGGAGAGAAAUGCUAUGUAUGCAGUGAAUGUGGAAAAGGCUUCACUGGAAAAAGCAUGCUCAUCAUACACCAGCGAACUCAUACAGGAGAGAAGCCCUACAUCUGCAGUGAAUGUGGGAAAGGCUUCACUACGAAGCACUAUGUCAUCAUACAUCAACGAAAUCACACAGGAGAGAAACCCUAUAUAUGCAAUGAAUGUGGGAAAGGUUUCACAAUGAAGAGUCGACUGAUUGAACACCAGCGAACUCAUACAGGAGAGAAACCCUAUGUAUGUGAUGAAUGUGGAAAAGGAUUUCCCAGGAAGAGUAAUCUCAUUGUACAUCAGAGAAAUCAUACAGUAGAGAAAUCCUACAUAUGCAGUGAAUGUGGAAAAGGUUUCACCGUGAAGAGCAUGCUCAUCAUACACCAACGAACUCAUACUGGAGAGAAACCCUACAUCUGCAGUGAAUGUGGGAAAGGCUUUCCCUUGAAGAGUCGCCUGGUCGUACAUCAGCGAACACAUACUGGAGAGAAACCCUAUAAAUGCAGUGAAUGUGGGAAAGGUUUCAUUGUGAAUAGUGGACUGAUGUUACAUCAGCGAACUCAUACAGGAGAGAAACCCUAUAUAUGCAAUAAAUGUGGAAAAGGUUUUGCCUUUAAGAGCAACCUUGUGGUACAUCAGCGAACUCAUACUGGAGAGAAGCCCUUUACGUGCAGUGACUGUGGAAAAGGCUUCACCAUGAAACGCUAUUUAAUCGUACAUCAACAAAUCCAUACAGGAGAGAAAUCCUACAUAUGCAAUGAAUGUGGUAAAGGCUUUGCUAUGGAAACUGAGCUCAUUUUACAUCAGCAAAUUCAUACUGGAGAGAAACCGUAUGCAUGUAAUGAAUGUGGUAAAGGCUUCACUGUGAAAAGCCGACUAAUCAUUCAUCAGCGAACUCAUACAGGAGAGAAACCUUUUAUAUGCAGUGACUGUGGAAAAGGCUUCUCCUCAAAGAGAAAUCUUAUUGUACAUCAGAGGACUCAUAAUGGAAACAAACCCUAAUGACACAAUGAAUAUGGUCACACCCUCAGGAGGAAAAUAUGCCUUGUCCAACAUAAGAAAUUUCACACAGGAUUGACUUCCUUUAUUUGUACUUACUGUGGAAAAUCCUGUUCAUUACCCACCAGGGAAUGUAUGCAGGAGAAAAACUGUAUGUAUGCAGAUUAUGUGAGAAAGCCUUUAAUACCAAGUCAGCACCCAUUGUACAUCAAAGAAUUCAUAGAAUAGAAAGACUCUAUGGAUUCAAUAAUGGGGGUCCACCUUUCUCUCAUUUGUCAAGCCUUGUUUAUACACACAAUAAAUGUAUAAGUCAAGGUACAUAAUUCUUUGCAGAGAAUCUGAACUCAUGACAUACAAGUGAACUCCUGCAGGGUACACACCAUGAUAGUUCAGUAAACUCAUAAGACAUCAGUGUGCUCCAAGGAUACCUGAAUAUAGUCAGUAUAGAUUAACUAGCCUGUUGCUAGGUUUUCACCCUUGGAAAAUUAUGGAAUUUGCAUAGGAGUGACGUUUAAUGAAUGCAGAGAAUGUGCUAGUGCCUUCAAUGAUCAAUUACCUCACAUUGUAUGUCAAAAUAGGAAAAAAAUACCCUUAUAUGUUCAAUGCAGAAAAGUCCUGAGGAAACAUUUCAAGGUAAUUACAUAUCUGAAAAGUAUAUAUUAAGAUGAAUUCUUAUGGAUGGAGAGAGUAGAAAAGCCUCCUAUGGGAAUAAAGACCCUGUCUCAUCAGUGAUCAAAAUAGAUCACCAGUGAGCUUACACACAGUAGCAAUGUGAUGAUUGUGGGAGAGCCUUUGCCUAGAAGCAAAACUUCAAUAAUUGUGUGAUACUCAUGUUGAAGGAAAAUGGCAGUAAAUAUGGCAGGAUUUUAGCAAUACAUUCUGCCUCAUCAUUUCUCAUGAAUUCAUACAGAAAAAAAAAACCUCAUGAACACACUAAAUGGGGAGAAAAUAACAAAAUAUCAGAAAUUUUGAAGGAAAGAAACCUCAAGAAAAUGAUGCAUACCUGAGUAUUUCAUCACAAGUCUAAACUAUACCUGAUGUCCAUUCUUGGGGCUGGAUACCUUGAGCCAUAUUCUCAGUGAUGCCAUAAUUUUAAAGUAGGCUGUUCUCAACACUGAUUAAAGUUUCAUGCAGGGGUGUUCUGUGUCCAACUUGUGUCAUAUUAUUGGCACUUGCAUUACUUAGGUCCUAAAGUCAUCUCUUUCAGCCAAAAAGAAAAAGGAAUAUAUUUAUAAAAUGUAAUUUAACAUAUUUGGGUGUAUUUAUUCAAUUUAUAAGUAGUGUUAAGUAGUUUACAAAAAUAACGUGAUUUUUCUAAAUUUUUUGAAAUAAUUUUAGACUCACAAAAUAUAUGAAGUAUACAAACUUCCUGAGUACUUGUACUUGGCUUCUUCAUUGACAUUAUCUUACAUAACCUUAAUACACAAUCAAAACGAAUGAAAUGACAUUGGUACGAUGCUGUUAAGUAAACUAUAGACCUUAUUUGGUUUUCACUAGUUUAUGCAUGCAUUUAUGUGAGGUUUUGUUUUGUUUUUUAGUGUAGAGUAGUAAGAAACUUUACCACAUAUGUAGAUUCCUGUAAAUCCCACCACAGUCAGGAUGCAGAAUUGUGCCAACACAAAAACAUCCAUGUGCUGCCCCUUUAUAAUCACAUUCUCCCCCACAACCCUGACCCAUAGCAACCACUGACCAGUACUCCAUCACUCUGAUUUAGUCAUUUCAAGGAUUCUGUUAAAAUGGAAUAAUACAGUGUAACCUUUGGGAUAGGCUUUAUUUCAUGCAGCAAAUUGCCCUUAAGAGUCAUUCAAUUUGUUGGGCAUAUAAAUAGUUUUAGUUUUUGUUACUGAGUAGUAUUCUUUUGUUAUGAAUGUACCAUAAUUUCUCUGUUCAGUGUUGAUGGACUUUGGGUUGUUUCUAGUGUUUCGCUGUUAUGAAUAAAGAUGCUAUGAAUCCA